UCUUGCUAUCCUUCUUCUAUGUAAACGCUCUUGCUUUUUCUCAACUCGUCUGCUUCGUUACGGCGGUUUUGAUUUGAUGAAUGAUUGAUUGGAUGUUCUCUUCUUUACCGAAGUUCAUCGUGAUUCACAGACGUUGUGUAGUAGUCCUUUUUCACGAACUCUGUAAAAGCUCUUGGUUUUCACAAUUUGUCUCUGCUAGAACAAGCUUGUUUAUGAUUCUGAACAAAGAGAACGAGGAGCUGGCUGGUGCGUGAAUUCGUGAUCGGUUAUGGAGAAUAACUAGUUAAUGAUGGUUCUGUUGGGCUAAUAAUAAGACGAGAAGAGUUGGCUCUAUUUCGUGUUCCAGUAGUUGCGUCCCUUCUGCUACUUGAGAAUGACAAGAUACUCUCCCUUCAGUCCAAAAGGUGGGAUUAUUGGAACUCUUCAAGUUUUCACUGCCUGCUACAACCUCUCUUUAUCAACAUAAACUGGAGCAGAAUGUUGGCCGCACCAUUCAGAUGGCCAGCUUUUAGUAUUUUCACUCUCAUCAUACUCUGGGUUCUCCAUAUAUCCUUCUGUGAGGGAUAUCACUCUGGUGACCGUGGGUUAUUAUUUGAUCUCAGAAAAUCUCUUGUCCAAAAACAGGAACUACUCAAUAGCUGGUUGAUCUCAGAAGAGCCAUGCAACUGGCCUGGCAUAAGAUGUGUGGGUCCCAAAGUACACCAAAUAGACUUGUCACGGUGGCAUUUUAUGCUUCCAUUUCCGAUCGGCAUUGGAGAAUUCGAAGAUCUGAAGCUUCUGAACCUUAGCCAUUGUGCCUUCACUGGUUGUAUCCCUGAUAAUUUGUGGAACUUGAGGAAUUUAGAGCUUCUGGAUUUGAGUGGUAACAGAUUGGUUGGGUCUUUGCCACCAGUUCUCUCGAACUUGAAAGUUCUCAAACAAUUUGUGUUAGAUGAUAAUAGCUUAUCUGGCAGUUUUCCUUCCACCAUUGGGCUGCUUGGAAACCUCAUUGAACUGUCUAUUCAUGGAAAUUCAUUUUCUGGAUCUCUUCCAUCAGAACUUGGGAAUCUAAGUAACUUGGAAUCGCUGGACCUUAGCAUGAAUAAUUUCUCUGGAAGUUUACCUUCCAGCUUGGGAAAUCUUGCAAGACUUCUGUACUUGGAUGCCAGUAACAACAGAUUCACAGGACUGAUUUUUUCAGAGAUUGGAAAUUUGGGGGAACUUUUAACAUUUGAUCUCUCUUCAAAUAUGCUGAGUGGACCUCUACCAUCAGAAAUUGGCAGAAUGACUAGACUAGAGUAUAUGAAUUUGGGAAACAACAACAUCAAUGGGGAAAUUCCUGUAACCAUUGAAAAUAUGAGGACUCUCAAGUACCUUGAUAUUCGAAGUUGCAGAUUCACAGGGAGGUUUCCUGAUGAAAUAUCCAAAUUAAAAAGCUUAACGUACUUAAAUAUAGGGCGGAACAAUUUUCAGGGUGAACUUCCUGUGGGCCUUGGUGAGCUCACAGAGCUGGUUAUUCUUGAGGCAGAUUAUGCAGGGUUAAGUGGAAUGAUUCCAGGGCAAUUGGGCUACUGCAAGAAGCUUUUCAACCUAGAUCUGUCCUUCAACUCUCUUUCUGGUCCAUUGCCAGAGGGUCUAUCGGGAAUGGAAUCAAUUGGCUCUUUUUCUGUUACUUCAAACCAUUUAUCAGGUCCAGUCCCUGGUUGGAUUUCGAACUGGAGAAGUGUUAAUUCAAUUGCAUUAGAAAAAAAUGCUUUUACUGGAUCUCUACCACUAUUGAAGAUGCCAUACUUGACGUCUUUUAAGGUUGCUUCAAACAAGCUUUCUGGUGAAAUCCCACCAAAAAUAUGUGAUGGCAAUUCUCUGACAACCUUCUGGCUUUCUGAGAAUGCAUUCACCGGAAAUAUUGAUGACUCUUUCAGGGGAUGUCUAAACCUUAAUGAUUUGUCUCUGUAUGGGAACAACCUCUUCGGUGAGAUACCAGGCUAUUUAAUGGAGCUACCAUUGGUGAUACUGCAGUUGUCAAACAAUAAGUUUUCUGGUGAACUUCCUGAGAAAUUCUGGGACUCACAGACCAUUAUGGAGAUAGCAUUGGACAACAAUUUGCUUGGGGGUCAGAUUCCGGAAGCCAUUGGUAGGAUCUCCACUCUAGAGGUUCUGCUACUGGAUAAUAAUCUUUUUGAAGGUGUCAUACCAAGCUCAAUUGGUAAACUAAAGAACCUGACUAAUCUGUCACUUCAUGGAAACCAGUUGACUGGGGGGAUCCCACCAGAGCUCUUCGACUGCACAAAGUUGAUAUCUUUGGAUCUGGGUUCAAACAUAUUGACAGGUCCAAUUUCUAAAGCCAUAUCCCGGCUGAAACUGCUUGACAAUCUGGUACUGUCUCAUAACCAACUCUCUGGUCCUAUUCCUGAUGAGAUAUGCUCUGGGUUUCAAGAUAUACCAUUACCAGAUUCAGAGUUCAUACAGCAUUAUGGUAUGCUGGAUCUGUCCUAUAACAAUCUUCUGGGCCCCAUUCCAGCAGCAAUUAAGUGGUGCACUGUUGCAAGUGAAAUACUGUUACAAGGAAACAGGCUUAACGGAAGCAUCCCUUAUGGCAUAUCUACUCUUGCAAACUUAACUAAACUUGAUAUGUCUUUCAAUUAUUUGACAGGUCCUGCCCUUCCUCCGUUCCUUGAGCUUAGCAACCUCCAGGGUCUUCUACUUUCACAUAAUCAGUUAACUGGCUCAAUCCCUGACAACCUUGGGUCAAUGAUGCCAAGCUUGACUAAACUUGAGUUGUCGAACAACUUGCUCCAUGGUCCAUUGCCAUCAUCCAUUUUUGCUAUGAGUCUGACCUACAUUGAUGUCAGCCUAAAUUCCCUCUCAGGAGCCAUCUCAUUCACCGGAGGUGAUGUUAGCCUGAGCUCCCUUCUGCUUCUAAAUGCCAGCAACAACCUUUUCUCCGGCAUGCUAUCCGAUGCAAUCUCCAAUUUGACAACCCUUUCUUCCUUGGAUCUUCAUAACAACAGUUUCACUGGAAGCUUGCCUUGGUCACUCUCAAACCUUGCUUCAUUAACUUAUCUUGAUGUCUCAUUGAACAAUUUUCAGGGGUGGUUUCCAUGUGAUCUCUGUGGCAUAGCAGGCCUUGAAUUUGUUAAUUUUUCUGGCAAUAAAUUCGAAGGAUACAUCCCAGAAAAUUGUGUCAUCACCAAAUCAUGUAUGCCUGAUGGUCCCAUUUUCCCUUCUUUGAGACACUACCCACGUGCACCAGCUCUUACAGGAGCCUCGAUGUGGGGCAUUGUGCUUGGUGCUAUGUUCAGCUUUCUUGUCUUGCUCUGUUGUCUGCUCAGGUGGAGGAUUCUGCAACAAGAAACUAUUGCACUUUCUCUGGGCAAAAUCAUGUCUGUGAAGGCUGUUGAGCCAGCCUCCACCUCCAGUGACGAGCUUCUGGGUAUGAAACCAAAGGAGCCAUUGAGCAUCAACAUUGCAACUUUUGAGCAUUCUUUGCAACGACUGAACCCUGCAGAUAUCUUAUCAUCAACAGAGAAUUUCAGCAAGACUCAUAUAAUUGGUGAUGGUGGGUUUGGCACAGUUUACAAGGCAUUACUACCUGAGGGUCGAAUUAUUGCUGUCAAACGUUUGAAUGGUGGCCACUUCCAAGGUGACCGUGAGUUCUUGGCUGAGAUGGAGACAAUUGGAAAGGUCAAUCAUGAGAACUUGGUUCCACUGCUGGGUUACUGCGUAUAUGGGGAUGAGAGGUUCUUGAUAUAUGAAUAUAUGGAGAAUGGUAGCCUCGAUGUUUGGUUGAGGAACCAGGCAGAUGCAGUGGAGGCCCUUGACUGGCCAACCCGGUUGAAAAUUUGUCUAGGCUCAGCUAGGGGCCUAGCUUUUCUGCAUCAUGGCUUUGUACCCCACAUCAUUCACAGGGACAUCAAGUCAAGCAACAUACUGUUGGACAGCCGAUUUGAGCCACGGGUGUCCGACUUUGGCCUUGCCCGCAUUAUUAGUGCAUGUGAGAGCCAUGUCAGCACUGUACUUGCAGGCACAUUUGGGUAUAUACCCCCUGAGUAUGGUCAGACCAUGGUAGCUACAACGAGGGGAGAUGUUUAUAGCUUUGGGGUGGUGAUGCUGGAGUUGCUAACUGGUAGAGCCCCAACAGGGCAGGCAGAUGUUGAGGGUGGUAAUCUGGUGGGAUGGGUAAGAUGGAUGGUGGCAAUGGGAAGGGAGGAUGAAGUGCUGGAUCCUUUCAUGUCAUGUUUGGACCCAUGGAAGGAUCAGAUGGGACAUGUGCUUGCCAUUGCCAGGGCAUGCACAGCUGAUGAACCAUGGAAGAGACCAACAAUGUUUGAAGUGGUGAAGUUGUUAAAGGAGAUCAAGACAAUGGACAAGGGUUGUUGAGAUGUAACCAAUACCCUUCUGUGAAGCUGUGCAUUUGGGAGUUAAGAGUAGAAUGGUGUAGGAAACAGUUGACUUCAAAGGUCUGUAAGCUUUAUAUGUUUUACAGCAAGAAAGGUUAGAUUGAAAGAAUUAUAUGUAAGUGUUUAAAAGGGAAGAUACACAAAAUUAGACCAGAAUCUAACACUUGUGAG